CUUUGCCGAACCAGUGCGAACUUUCUGGUGUCUCCGGUUGAAACGAUCCUUUCGCAGGGCGUUUUUGAAUUUCAAACAUUUGAAAACCUCAGAUGGAACUGCGCAGAAGAGGUUUACCGGUUUGGUACCGAGAACGCGGAAACGAAGGAUUGGGAAGCGUGCUACGGGUAAUAAUAGAAACAGUAAUCGCGCAGCUGGUAAAAAUAUACCUCUCACUGAUGCUAUGCAUCAACAUGAGCAUAGCGCAAUAGAAAUACGCGGCACAACUGGUGCAACAAAUAGAGGGAACAACAGUCUGACACAACUAGAUGAGGACGCACGACUGCUUAAAGCCGUUUCGAGCAACACUCUAGGUAGUUCCGGCAUAGACGAGCCUUUUCCUUCCUUAAGCGACGAAGAUGACGUUAUGAGCGUUAUGAGUGUACUAGCAUCUCGAAGGUCAUCUGGAGAAAAGGGACCCAGAUGAUCUGUGGGAUGCAUUCCCGACACCUCUAAAGACGAAGAAAAUUCUGACGCAUUGCCUCGACCAGCAUCUUAUGGACCUCGAGUUGCAGGUUUGUAUAGUCAUCGGCUUGAAGAUGGACCUCGCGACCGCGAGGGCGAUGAACUUCCUGGCGAUCGUGAACAAUCAGAAGAAGAAGAAGACUAUCCCCAUCAUGAUUGUAAUUACGACAACUACAACGAGGACUAUGAGCAGUCGGAAACCUCGGGUUGUGAAGCAGAGUACUCUUUCGGUGGACGCAGCAGUGAGCGUUCGGGAGUGGCGUCAGGGUUUUCCUUACUGGAAUGCGACUCACACAAUGGUGGAGGUGGCUUGCUUUCAAAUGACGAUACGAUCUAGUUCUGUAUCACGAAAAUAUCGCUGAACACAAGCGAAAAGGCAUAGAGCAAAGGCUCUCUUGUUGUAGAAGUAAUGGUCCUAUUAUACUAGUAUUACUAUGUCUCGCUCUCGGUGAAUGAUAAUACUACCUAGAAGAACGCACAAGCUAGAGGAAGCACGACACGACUUUACAUAUUUUAGUAUCGUGAGGAGGCGAAAGUAACACUGGUAGAUGGUAAUGAAUGUGGCGUGAUCUAAAACGACAUAGUGACAUGCUUUUUCCAUAUUGAGAAUACGAGAGCCGAAGUUAGUAAGAAUCUUUUGGGAACAAAGUAAUGACCUUUUUUUCGUGAUGGAAUACACACUAAAGGCGGAUUUGUGUCUUCUCUUCUGAGGAUGCAGAGCAUCGCAUAGUCUAGGUGCUGGUAUGCUAGCCAGUGUUAGACUUCAUGGAAUGGAAUAUGUCCACACGUUCUUCAAUUUUUAUCGAGCAAGAAAUACUCUAAAUUUACUAAGGCGCAUCUAUGGGGUUAUAAUUUUCGCAUGAUGUAGUUUCUCUUUUUUCAAAAUACCCGGAUGAAGUCUUGGUUUUUUACCCAUGAAUACUCAACUCGAUCCCCGUUUCCCAUUAACACUUUUUUCGAAAUUUGUGUGUGUUUCCGUGUGUGCAGAGAAUACAACAUUGACCGGAGAACGCCAGGUACGAGUACGCGUCAAGCAUCAACAUGUCUCCAUUGAGUAAUGUCCACGACUCUGAAGAAUCUAAUAGAUUUUGUCGAGCGAAGCUGCAUACACAAGAAGAUACAAGCACAAGAAGAUAGAGGGUUCGUUGAGUGAAGAUUUUGUUUGUUCCUCAGAGGAACUUUGGAAGAGGGAAAAAAACACGUUAAUCUUGAAAUCGUGAAAGUGAAAAAAUACAUUGAGAAGGACCUCAUCUUAGGCUCGAGAGAAAUGAAUCAUAUCUUCUAUUCGUCCUAGCGGUGAGCAAGCAUAUCUUUGCGCCAUUUUAUUUUGGGAUCGAAAUCUUUGGUAGUUUUUUAAGUUUAUAAGUAUGUCCUCGUACAUCAAGUACAUGUUCUUUCUGAAAAGGGUUUAAUGCUAGUAGGAUCUCACACGGGGGGUUGCUACGAGUAUUAACAGGUAUUCUUGGGUAGUUUUAUCGUUCCUUUCGGGUAGCGCCUUCUAGCGUCGAGGCAUUAUUUGCCCAGGAUAUUCUGAGUAAGGUGAUGUCAUCUUCAUACCGCGGCUAACAAAAAUGUACUCAACGUUUCUAGAUGAAGAUGCAGUUCGGAAAAGAACGACGAUUUUAGAAAGAAUAUGAGUCGGAAAAAAUACAAUUUAUUUAAAGCAUGUAUAUGUGUAUGCAACGUCGACAUAACUCUGAUUGCCAAGGUGUGUGAUCCCUGUACUACUGAGGAUUUUUCUCUUGAGAAUAACUGCGUUGUGACCGCAAUGUCGGUGACCGCAAUCUCUGAUAAUUGAUUUUUUUUAGCAUGUUCUUACUCGAAAGUCCUCUCUCUUAGGAAUCCUAGGCGGAGAAGGACACAUGGACAGUGUCAACGUUGUGGUAGCGCUGACUUGGGCACCAGGUCUUCCUCAAGAAUAGAAGAUGGAGGCUUUCAACUAAUAGUAGGGAGAAAAAAAUGAUACUUAGUUCUUUGUAUUGCGAAGCGAGUAUCGAUCAGUUUUAGCUUUUCAUCUCUCGUUUCUUCUUUUCACCACCGCCAGCACUCUCCAUCUCUCUCUGCGGCCUUGUUGCUCUUGAAAGCUGAAGGCGGAAUAUAUUCGAUUGAAAGCCGUGACUUUAGGGCGAUCGCCAUCGAAGUAGAACGGGCAAGCAGUCCCACAUCAACGCACUCCUUCUUUCGGCUUUUGUUUUCUUGUGGUGCUUAGUGAGAGCGGUGCCUACCGGUUCACUGCGCAAGUCUGUUGGCUUUGUCGGUGUUCGUUCCUACUUUCAUCCAAGGAAGACCAGGAAGAAUAAGGUAGACCUGAAGCAAGACGCCGCCAUUAGUCACAGGGCUUUUAUGUUCGUGUUUAACGUUGGAAAUUUGUUAAUUUUACGACGUGAAAACUGUAAGCACGACAUUAGCUAACUUCCUUCUUGUUGGAUCUUCUUCUCUCGACAAGAUCCUUCCGCAGCUUCGCCUUCUUCUUUACCCGCAAGAACACCCGGGAACUUUAGUCUGCUGCCCUCCUUGUUGAUCUAGUUGACGCUUGAAUAGGCACGAGUUAACUAUUUUGAUGCAGCAAAGAGCUUGAUGCUUUGUUUUGAAGUUGUUUCUCCUCCUCUUUGUAUAAAUUCCGCUUAGUCUUUUUUUGAAGUUAGUUUCUGCCAAUAUUGUAAGUAUUUCAAUACAGUUGAUUGCCCUCACUUUACCUAGUUAUACCCAUUGAGCAAGCAAUUGACGGCCUCUCCUUACUAGGGGGUUCACGAAUAAUGAUAAGAAUAAGAAUAGAGAAUGUAAGACUCUUUUUUCUCUGCGUGCUUCCAAAAAAGUGCGAAAACGGGAAGCGCGCUCUUUAUUGAUUUUUUUUCAUUGAUCCUACUUUUUUUUCGAUCGGUCUUGCCUUAAAUAUAUUGUGAUGAUGCUCUAGGAACAACAAUGAGAAUCCUAAAUUUCUGGUCUGGUAUCACGUUAUUCGAAUAGAAAGUUCUGCCCCUGCUCGGUGGCCGCUGAUCUAUAGAUAACAAGGUGUGAAAAUGGUGGCAAGGUAAAAGGUCGAUGGUGUAUGUCUGGCCGUGGCGGGGGUUGUCCCUUGUGUCGUCUGCCGAGAAGGGUGUGUUGUCGUACUGUCCUUGCUGUGGUGUAUAGUUCGACAGCUUUCUAUAGUUCUUGGGUGGCAGUAAGAUUUUUGAUGGAAAAAGGAUGAUGAAGAGGCCCGAUCCCCUCACCCGAAAACAGGAUGAAAAAAGUGGGCUAGCUCUGCAGGCAGGCUAGGUAGUUGACACGCUGGAAGCAUUGAGCGGAACUCCAGCGCAUACUCUGGUGGAGAGCUGUUUUUAUUGUCUUUUAAGUGAAAAGUUGAGCGACGAGAAGCAAAACGAAAAAGUAAAAGUCCGAUAAAAAACGAAAAUUAGAACCAGACUGAGGCGCAGCUCUGUCUCAGGUUCUGACUACUAGCGCAACGCCGCUAAUUUGUCUUGUG